GUGCCCGCCGGUAACACCGAGCGGUGAGAGGGCAAAGAGCGAUGGUUCAAAGGUAGGAGCACGCCGGGUUCUGGAGCCUUUCCACCGGUUCCUCCUUGUCUCCACCGGGCUGUGGGAGGCUUUCCCAGCCCCAGGGCUUGGAGACAACAGCUGGAAAAGGCAAAGCUUUGUGCUUUAGUGCUGGGGCUGGCAAGACAGAGCGUGGCGUGGGACGGUGCUGGGGGGACAGUGCCAGGAGUGGGAGGCAGAUGCAGGGAGUGCUGGUCCCCUGGGAGCUGCCAGGAGUGGGAGGGUUUUGGGGUAACCACAGGGGAAUGUGCUGCACCCCUCCUCCCGCAGGUUCCCUGGUGUGAUGGGGCCCUUCGUACAGUGGUUGAGCUUUUUUUGGUUUCCCCAGUGCUGCUUCCUCUGUGCUAAUCUGCUUCCUCCCCGCUUCAGGGGUGGUAGAGGCGGAGGUGGGGGGGGAAAUCGCCCCACUCUGGUGGCAAAAAACAGGCUGGUGGGAUGGGUCCAAUCCUGCUCCCUCCUGCCCCAGGUCUUGCUGGCUUUUUGGGGCAGCUGAGGUUUGUCCCUGCAGCCAGGACCCCCUUCCCUGUCCCUCCCCCAACAAGGCCAAGGGCGAAGAGGAAGGAAGUCGUAUCUUUGCUUCAAAACACUGCUCUCUGCUCUCAGCUACUGCAGGUACACACACAGAGGAAGCCACUUGCUGCCACCACAGCCCUCCCCGUCCCCUCCCCUGACGUCACCGCGGCAGGGUGACACUGUGGCUCACUGGGUGCAGCACCCAGGGAAGUCUCCGCCAGCUGCUGCGGGAAAGGGCCCUGAUUCCGGUAGCACCAUCACCCAACCACACCUCAGGCUGGGAAACCUCGUGCCCGGACACCAGGCUGCUGGGUGAAGCAGGAUGAGUGUGCCGGCUGACGAGCCGGGCAACCCGGCCCAUGCCAUCUUCGAGAGGUUCCUGCGUGCCGGGGAGUGCCGGGAGGUGCUGAGCUGCUUCGGGGAGCUGUGCCAGCACCUGGGGCUGCAGGGCAGAGGCCUCCAGCUCUACCACGGCCUCAAGGCUGCCCUCAACUACUGGAGUGCCAAGGCCCUGUGGAGCAAGCUGGAUAAGAAAGCUGGGCACAAGGACUACGACCAGGGCACAGCUUGUGCCAGCACCAAGUGCCUGGUGGUGGGGGCCGGCCCCUGCGGGCUGCGGGCGGCCAUCGAGCUGGUGCUGCUGGGCGCCCGCGUGGUGCUGGUGGAGAAGAGGGACUCCUUCUCCCGCAACAACGUCCUGCACCUCUGGCCCUUCACCAUCCACGACCUGCGGGCGCUGGGUGCCAAGAAAUUUUAUGGGCGCUUCUGCACUGGCACACUGGACCACAUCAGUAUCCGGCAGCUCCAGCUGAUCCUGCUGAAGGUGGCUCUGCUGCUGGGGGUGGAGGUGCACAUCAACGUGCAGUUCAAGGGCCUCGUCCCCCCUGCGGGCAAGGCGGGUGGACACGGCGGCUGGCGGGCUGUGCUGCAGCCCAGCUCCUCUCCCCUCAGCCACUACGAGUUUGACGUCCUCAUCUCAGCCGGCGGCGGCAAAUUUGUCCCCGAAGGGUUCAAGCGGAAGGAGACGCGGGGGAAGUUGGCCAUCGGCAUCACCACCAACUUCAUCAACCACCACAGCCGGGCUGAGGUGGAGGUGGCUGAGAUCAGUGGCGUGGCCCGAAUUUACAACCAGAAGUUCUUCCAAAACCUCUACAACAAAACGGGCAUCGACCUGGAAAACAUCGUCUACUACAAGGACGACACUCACUAUUUUGUCAUGACGGCCAAGAAGCAGAGCCUGCUCAAGAAGGGGGUCAUCCUCCAGGACAAAGCGGACAUCGAGAGCCUCCUGUCCCCGGAGAACGUGAACCGCAGUGCUCUCCUCAGCUAUGCCAAAGAAGCCGCCAACUUCUCCACCAACUACCGCCUGCCCCAACUGGAAUUCGCCCUCAACCACCGGAACCUGCCGGACGUCGACAUGUUUGACUUCACCUGCAUGACACGCUCGGAGAACGCGGCGCUGGUGCGGGAGCACAACGGGGCCCGUCUGCUCCUCGGGCUGGUGGGAGACUGCUUGGUGGAGCCUUUCUGGCCACUGGGCACCGGCGUGGCCAGGGGCUUCCUCGCCGCCUUUGACGCAGCGUGGAUGGUGCGGCGGUGGGCGGCCGGGACCCCCCCGCUGGAGGUGCUGGCCGAGAGGGAGAGCAUCUACCAGCACCUCUCGCAGACCUCCCCGGACAACACCAACAAGAAUAUCAGCCAGUACAGCAUCGACCCAGCCACGCGCUACCCCAACAUCAACCUGCAGGCCAUCAAAGCCAGCCAGGUCCGGGACCUCUAUCUCAUGGGCACGGUGGAGAUGGACCACAAGAGGAAGAGCGACAACCGCCUCAGCACCGCGGUGUCUGGAGAUGCCUACGAGGAGCUGCUGAGCUGGUGCCAGGCCAGCACAGCCGGGUACCGUGGCGUGGCAGUCACCGACUUCACCUCCUCCUGGACCAGCGGCCUGGCCCUCUGCGCCCUCAUCCACCGCUUUCGCCCCGACCUGGUGGACUUUGAUUCUGUAGACCCCCAGGACCCCAUCCAGACCCACCAGAUGAUGCUGGACACGGCGGAGCAGGAGCUGGGCAUCCAGCCCGUCCUCUCCAGUGCCGAGAUGGCCACCAUGGCAGAGCCCGACCGCCUGGGGCUCAUCACCUACCUCAGCCAAUUUUAUGAAGCUUUCAAAACCUCUCCAGAGGCAGAGGAGGUCAGCAAGAAGCCCCUGUCUCCCCGCGGCACGCGAGGGGCCAUCCUCUUCCUCAGCAAGCUGCAGAAAAGCCGGAACAUGACACACAAGCGUGCCCAGGUGAGGGAACCCCCACCCACACCCUGGUGACACCCCAACCGAACCCCCUGGGCUGCCCACAAAGCCCCGGGGCAGGGUGGGUACCAGCAGCACCCCGGUGCCACCCCAGCCUAUCCUCUCUCCCCUCCCCGGUAGCCGCCGGCCCGCGGGGAGAGCAGUGACGCCUGCUACUUCUGCGGCCGCCGCGUCUACAUCCUGGAGCGAGCCAGCGCCGAGGGACGCUUCUUCCACCGCGGGUGCUUCCAGUGCUGGCAGUGUGGGGCCACCCUGCGCCUGGGCGACUACGCCUUCGACGAGGAGGACGGUCAUUUUUACUGUUCGCUUCACUACCCCAAUCCACCCAGCAUGGAUCUGCCCCAGGACGAGCCCCCGGCGCUGCCUGAUGGGGAUGCCGCUGCCACCCGCCCGCCCUUGGAUGCUGGGAGCCUGUGUGUGGCCCCCAAGGAGGGGGCAUUCAGUCCCCUGCACCCCCCGGCAGCAGCCCCACAGCCGGGGGGAGAGCCUGUGGCAGCAGAGGAUGAUGCGGAUGCUGGAGACACAGAGGAGCAGGAGCUGCUGGCAGAGCCUGAGGAGGAUAUGAGCGAGGAAGAGGAUGUCAGAGCAGAGCCCCAAGCGCUAGCAGAGGAGGGUGAGGAGAGUGGGGGCAGGAGGAAGAUUGUCCUCACGCCACUGGAGAAGCUCAAGCUGUCCACGCUGAACCUCACCGCUGAAGGAGAGCCCGAGCCGCCGCCGAAGCCGGCUCGUCGGUGGCUCCAAGCAGCACCUGAGGUUCUCCCUGCCCAGUGGCAGGGACAAAACGCCUGGGAGGAGGAGGAGGAGGAAGUGGCUGUAGAGGAAGCUCUGGAGGAGAGUGACAGUGAGAAAGAGGAGGAGGAGGAGGAGGAAGGCACAGACCUUGGCAUGAUGGCAGAGUUGCACUUGGAUCUGGAGGAAGAGGAGAAAUACCCCACCUGGAAGCGCACACUGGCCCGCCGGGCCAGGGAAGCCCAGAUGAAGCGGUUCUGCAAAGCCCAGGCCAUCCAGAGGCGGCUGGAGGAGAUCGAGGUGACAUUCCGGGAGCUGGAGCAGCAGGGCAUCAAACUGGAGAAGUUACUCCGGGAUGAGGAUGGCACCCCAGCUGACAAGAAGACACAGUGGAUGAACCAGCUGCUGUACCUGGUCCAGAAGAAGAACAGCCUGAUGUCCGAGGAGUCAGACCUCAUGAUCGUGGUGCAGGAGCUGAAGCUGCAGGAGCAGCAGUGGCAGCUUGACCAGAAGCUCCGGUCCUACAUGAACAGGGAGGAAUCCCUGAAGACACCCGAGGAUCACGCAGCCGAGCAGGAGAUCCUGGAGCAGCUGGUGGAGGUGGUGAACAAGCGCAACGUCCUCAUCCACAUGCAGGAGGAGAAGCGGCUCAGCGAGCUGCGGGCCUGAUCCGUGCAGCCCCAGGACCCACCGGCUCCUCCCUGGGGGGACAAGCAGUGUGUCCACCCCCCCGCCCCAAGCCGAGCAUCACCCUGAGCUGCCUCUGAAGGUGGUGAUGCCUGAGCUGCCCGCAGGUGCAGGCAGCUGCCGCGGCGAAGCCAGCUCCCUGCUUGCCAAAGCCUGCCGUGGGGAGACACCAAGGAGCACCCCGACUUUGGGGGAUGGAGAGGGCACCCCCGCGCUUGGCUGGAUUGCCUUUGCCUUGUGCUUGCUUGAAAAUGAGAUUUGCAGGGGGCUACGAAACACGGGGACUGCGGUGGCUCGGCCCAGGGUUUGCCACAGGAGGAAGAAGCCCCACGGGGAAGUGGGGUCUCGCCCGGUGCAGGUCCCACAGCCGGCACCGCUUCGAGGGGGCUUGGCUGGGGCAUCGAAAGCGUUUUGUCUGGCAAAGCCCCUUGUGCUUGGUUGCAGCACUGGCUGACUCAGAACAGGAGGGGAAAGGUGCCUCAUCUACCUGUCCAGCCCCGGGCCCUGGGCCCUGAUGGAUUUUGCUCCUGGUAGCAGGGAUGUGACUGGCCACCACAGGCAGGUCACAGUGGAGAUGCCAAAUGUGGAGGGGCAGUGGCAGGAGCAGCCCCUGGAAGUCACUCCAGGAUGUUCUUCCCAGCCUGGGACAUCCAUCUCAGCCUGGCACUUCCAUUUCUUCCCAGGACAUCCAUCCCCGCUGGGGACAUCUGGCUCUAGGAGUGGGGUCAGCAACAGCCAGACGGGGCUGAUCCCACUGCUCUGCAUCGCUGCUUUUGGGUGCCACGGCCACGCUGUCCCUGGCUACUGCAGGAAACCAGGGUCCAAAACGCCCCUGUGAGGCCCCAGGACUGGGGAAGGGGCUUUUUGUCCAGCAGCUCCCCAGGGGGAUUGUGCCCUGGCACUGCGUGACACCAGGGACAAGGGACGCCAGCGGCCGUGUCCUCCUUGCCCCUUUGGGCUUUCUCCUGCUUGGCAAUGCCAUGACCUUUGCACAGACCUCUCAGACCUUCCUGGAGGCCCCAGUUGUUGUGGGGUGGCCUCGACGGCCAAAUGGUGCUUACAGCAGCCCCAGCCAUGGCGGGCAGGGGGGUCCUGGGCACAGGCUCCUCCGUUAGCGAUACCCCCGCCACGUUCAGCCCUCGUCCUGCCCUCCCCAAAUCCUCCAGCCCGCCUUGUUUGUACCAGCCCUACCAUGCUGCUGCAACCCCCCCCUCCCUUUGAAUAAAGCCUCCCCGACCCGGCACCAAGGGAUAAAAUACUGCUUUUAUUUUCUAUCCAAGUUAAAUCUGGUUGCCGGAGCAGUCGCCAGCUUUCACCAGCAGCCCCCGAGGCCGCCCCAGGCAAGGGAGGGCUGAGCCUCUCGAGCCUCCUGGCCACACUGGUGGGUCCCUCCAGGUAGAAAAGGUGUAUUAAAAAAACAGCAAUUAAAACCCGCCUCUGUUGUGGUUCCCAUAGGGGCCAACGCGACGAAUGUACCUCAAAAAAAUUUCACCCAGAGAGGUGGCUGUUGAACCAGCGCUGCUGGCCUAAAACUAG